GCUAUAGUCGUGGGAAUUGGACUUCGCUUUCUGAAACCCACCAUAGUCAGUUUAUUUGUACUCCCAAAAGAUCUGAUUUUGUAUAAUUUUUAUUCGAAAAAGGAAGAAACUUGGUGAUUGUUUUGUUGCUGUGAGAGAUGGGUUCUUCCGUGAAGGUUGAUUUUGAGGUUGGGAAUGAUGGGGUUGCUAUCAUCACUAUGUGCAACCCUCCCGUUAAUGCCUUGGCUAUUCCAAUCAUUAUGGGGUUGAAAGAGAGAUUUCAGGAGGUAGCUAAAAGGAAUGAUGUCAAAGCUGUAGUUUUGACUGGCAAAGGUGGAAGAUUUUCUGGUGGGUUUGACAUCAGUGUUAUGCAGAAGGUUCACCAAACUGGUGAUGCUUCAAUUCUCCCUGAUGUCUCUGUGGAACUGUUGGUCAACUUAAUUGAAGAUUCGAAGAAGCCUGUUGUUGCGGCAGUACAAGGGCUCGCUCUUGGAGGUGGCUUAGAGCUUGCCCUGGGAUGCCACGCCCGCAUUGCUGCUCCAGGAAGUCAACUGGGACUGCCAGAGCUGACACUUGGAAUCAUUCCAGGAUUUGGAGGCACACAACGUCUUCCCAGGCUUGUUGGGCUUCCUAAAGCUAUUGACAUGAUGCUGAAAUCGAAGCCAAUAAAGUCAGAAGAAGGGAAGAAACUAGGACUUAUAGAUGAAAUUGUGUCUCCUGAGGAGUUACUCAGGGUUUCCCGACAGUGGGCACUUGAGAUUGGAGAGAGACGUAAGCCUUGGAUUCGAACACUUCAUAGGACCGAUAAAAUUGGUUCCUUGUCUGAAGCACGUGAGGUGUUGAAAACUGCCAGACAACAUGUCAAGAAGACUGCACCGCAUUUGCCUCAGCAGCAAGCAUGCUUAGAUGUGAUUGAGCAUGGAAUUGUCCAUGGAGGCUAUAGUGGAGUUCUAAGGGAAGCAGAAGUAUUCAAGCAACUAGUCCUAUCAGACACCGCAAAAGGAUUAAUUCAUGUCUUCUUUGCUCAGCGUGCAAUAUCAAAGGUGCCUGGUGUAUCUGAUAUUGGGCUUAAGCCGAGAAAUUUGAAAAAGGUUGCUGUUAUUGGGGGAGGUCUAAUGGGUUCUGGAAUUGCUACUGCUCUCAUUCUAAGCAACAUUCAUGUCAUACUCAAGGAAGUCAAUUCUCAAUAUCUUGAGAAGGGGAUAAAAACGAUUGAAGGUAAUGUUAGAGGCUUAGUAACAAGGGGAAAGUUGGCAAAAAAUAAGGCCGAUGGAGCAUUGUUGCUGCUUAAAGGUGUUCUUGAUUACUCAGAAUUUAAAGAUGUGGACAUGGUCAUUGAGGCUGUAAUUGAAAAUGUUAAUCUCAAACAAACUAUAUUUAGUGAUCUUGAGAAGAUAUGCCCUCCUCAUUGCAUCUUGGCAACAAACACUUCGACUAUUGAUCUUAACGUCAUUGGUGCUAAGACUAGAUCUGAAGAUCGCAUUGUGGGGGCUCAUUUUUUCAGUUUUGCAUAUUUAAUUAUCUCUAUUGCCUUGGAGAUUGUACGGACCAAGAAAACUUCUGCUCAAGUUAUUCUUGAUCUUAUCACUGUUGGUAAAAUCAUAAAUAAGUCUCCGGUUGUCGUGGGCAACUGCACUGGCUUUGCAGUGAACAGAACAUUUUUCCCAUAUUCACAAGGUGCCCAUUUAUUGGUCAAUCUGGGCGUGGAUAUCUUCAGGAUCGAUAGAUUGAUAAGCAGUUUCGGCCUUCCCAUGGGUCCUUUCCAGCUUCAGGACUUGGCUGGCUAUGGAGUAGCUGUAGCCGUUUCCAAAGAAUUUGACGGUUCAUUUCGUGGUCGCACAUAUAAAUCUCCACUGCUUGAUCUUAUGAUCAAAAGUGGGAGAAAUGGCAAAAACAAUGGAAAAGGAUACUAUAUUUAUGAAAAGGGUAGCAAGCCAAAACCCGAUCUUUCAAUACUACCAAUUGUUGAAGAGUCGAGAAGACUUGCCAAUAUUAUGCCUGGUGGAAAGCCUAUAUCUAUUACUGACCAAGAGAUUGUAGAGAUGAUCCUCUUUCCAGUAGUGAACGAGGCAUGCCGUGUUUUAGAUGAAGGAAUAGUUAUUCGAGCAUCAGACCUUGACAUUGCUUGUGUUCUUGGGAUGAGCUUCCCAAAUUACAGGGGUGGCGUUGUUUUCUGGGCGGACUUGGUUGGGGCGAAGCAUGUAUAUAACAGCCUAAAGAAAUGGUCAGAAUUAUAUGGUAACUUCUAUAAGCCAUCAAGGUAUCUGGAGGAAAGGGCAAUUCAGGGCAUUCCUUUGAGUGCACCUGCUUCAGCCACUCCAAGAUCAAAGGCACGUCUAUGAAAAAAUAAUUUUCUCAAAGGCCCUUGGAUAUGUAAUAGCAAAGUAAAUUUAGCUUAUAAUAUUUUGCUUCCUUGUAAGUUGAAUGAUGAUAAAUAAAUAAAUGAAUCGAUCUUGGUUUUCCAAGAACAUAUUCUUAAUUAUACCCUAAAACAUAAGGUAAAGAUUUUUUGGGGUCAUGAGCUUCUUUAUGAACAAGGCGUGUGUGAAAUAUAAUGUUACCUACUUUAUGGACAACAUUGUAUUGGUGUAAUGGUAAUUUAUAUUGUGUAAAUUGUUUUUCACAGCUCUGAAA